AUGAUGUCCUCCAAGUUGAAGUGGCUACUUGUGAUCCAGCUCCUGCUGAGUGAACAGGUUCUGUGCAGGGUCCCGCCUUCUUUGGGACAGAGAAAUACUCUGCUGCCAGAAACUGACCUUCAUGAAGACUUAAAAGAGACAACCAACCAGGACCAUCUCUCCAUCCUAGGAUCCCAGCUCCAGCUUGGCCUCCCUCCUCCUGCAGGAAAACCUCGUCUUGUAUCAGUGGUUGCACAAAAAGAGGAGAGAGUUCAAUCAGCACAACGUAUAACCUCAGUCCUCAGGGAGAAGCUUCAGGGUCAGAUUCAAGAUUAUGUGCACAUUCAGGAGAACGUGAGCUGUGCUGAACUGCUGUCAGCUAGCACCCUGGAUGACUCCUCAUCCUCAUUGUUCCCACAGGAGUUGCUGGGUCUGUCUUUGGUGCCCGUGUUGACGGUGGCAGGCUGCACACAGGAGGCUCAGAUCCUGGUGCUCAAGUUGUACGAGCUGCUAGGGGAGGCAGACACGGAGGAUCUCCUCAUGGAGAUGGAAGGCCUGAUAGAGAGUAGGAUGAGCAAAACUGCAACUAAGCCAGCACCUGCAUCAGCAGCAGUGCCGUCAGAGACGGAUACAGCUGGUAGCCACAUAGAGGCCGUGAUGUUCAACAUCCAGCAGCUUGCCUCAGUGGGAGAGGGAACAUUAAAAAUGGAAGGGCUCUGUGAGGGCUGGAGCAGGGUGAAUGGAACAACACUGGUAGGAACAGCCGUGGAAGGAGCUGCAGGUGAUCUGAAGGAGGCUGUGAGCACCUGUGAGAGGCUGGGAGUCCUGUGUGCUGGUGUGAGCAGCAGUGGGACACUCAAAUAUAGGAAAUACCAGGCCCUGCUUAGAAAAGGUAGUCGCAUACUGCCCUCUGAAUCCUCAGAGACUGAGAGCUGGAUCCGUCAGUGCAGCUCCGAAGAGGAUGUUUUCACCCCUGCAGGUUCAAGUCGACGAUUGAAGCGAAGCCCCCAAAGGAGCUGCAUCAACAGGAGUGAGGAGCGCGUUUACAACGUGGUGGAGUGGAUCCCUGCGGUAAGCACCCUCUACAACCUGGGCACCGCUGUGUACUACGCUUCGGUCAACUGCUCUGAAACAGCCAAGGAGAGAGCCAUCCUCAGCGCUGUAGACCUCGGUACAGAUGCUCUCAUGGUGGCCACAGGGGGGACUGCCGGGGUGGCGGGCUACGCGCUGGGUGCAGGGGUGAAGACAGGGGUGAAAGCUGGGGUCAGGUAUCUGCUUAACUCUAUGAAGCAGGAAGACGACGUGCUGGUGAACCAGUUCAGCUGGGAGGAGGGCGUCCUCACCAUCGAGUAGACUGACAGCUCAAUAAACCAACCUUUCAAGCUUUAGAAAAUAAAUACAGUUAAUCUUUUUUUUUUUUUCCAGAAAACAAUUAUCCAGGAUCACAGUUGUUAAUUGACAGAGUUUAAGAGUAGCAGAUUGUCUUUUAGGAUUUUACUAUUAUGUAGAGAUUGUUAUUAGCAGAUGAGGAUUUUACAUGUUACUGUAUUUCUCAGAGAAUUAUCAAAAUCAAGGUUUGAAGAGGACAAUAGCUUUUUGGUUGUUUGUAUGUGCCCAUCAAGUUCAUUUGACAAAAUUUGAAACAAUAACUGUUGUUAAGCCAGGAGGAUUUGAAUUUGCUUGUAAAUGUAAAUGAUAAGUUUGUUUUUUAAAAGAACCAUAGAAAUAAUCUGUUUGAGAAAAGGGAUAGCCGUUAACUGCAAAAGUUUACUCAAUGUAUAUAUAAAAAGAAGGAUCAUGAAAUUAACAUUUUUGAACUGUUAGCUUUUCUGUUUUGGAUAAAUCUGUUGAAUCUUUCAUCAUGUUAAGCAAAAACUUUUCAAGGAAUGGUCUCAGGUAUUACAUGUUCAAUCACUCAACACUAUAAUCGUAUACUUGUACACCCAUGUUGUUUUCUGUCCAUUGAAACAUUUGAUCAGAACAUCACAUUCCUGCCUCUGGUGUUACUGCAGGGACAAUAAACUCAGAACUAUGCUGUUGAAUUGUUUUUUUCCUGAAUGUCAAUAAAUUGUAUGGUAUACUAUUAA